AAGAAAUGAAAAAAUGAAGACAUGGUCGGGGCCAUGGAAUGUGUGAAUAAACAAAUCAUGGGUACCAAGCGUGUAUGUAAAAGAUUUACAGUUCCUAGAUCAACUCUACAAAGACUGCUUAAACACCAAAAAGAAAAAGAUCUGACUCCACAAGUUGCUGUACAAAGUUGGGAAGAAAAACUGUAUUAGGAUCAGAGCAGAGCAGAACAAUGGUUAGAUAUAUUUUAGAAAUGGAAGCCCUAUAUUAUCGACUUUCAAGAAAAGAUAUUAGAAAGUUGGCUUAUACUUCGGCUAUUAAGAAUGGUAUUGAGAAUCCAUUUAAAAAUGGUAGCUGGUUGGACGGCUUUUUAACUCGGCAUAAGAAGAUGCUAUCUCUUAGAACACCAACUGGAACCUCUUUUGCCAGGGCAUUAGGUUUUAACAAAGCGAACGUAGAAGAGUUUUUCAAUAAUUUGGAAACCCAGUACAAAGCGAAAAAUUUUUCACAGCACCAAAUCUAUGAGACAGGUUUAACUGUUGUUCAAAGUAAAGUAAUGCAGGUUGUAGGAAGGAAAGGUAAAAGACAGAAUGCAUCAGCAGAACGAGGAUCCCUGGUCGCUUUAAUUUCAGCUAUGGGAGUCGGUGGUCAUUUUGUUCCACCGAUGUUAAUUUUUCCACGGAAAAAUCGUAAUGAUCAACUCAUGCGUGGUGCACCUCCUGGUUCAAUGUAUGCUGUACACUCCAGUGGCUGGGUGCAACAUAAUCUCUUUGUUGACUGGAUGAAGCAUUUUAUAGAAUUCGUUAAGCCAUCGGAUGAUUCUCCUGUUCUGUUACUGCUAAAUGGUCACUAUAGCCACACCAGGAAUCUGCAAGUAGUUCUGCUGGCUAAAGAAAAUCAUUAACUAUAAUUUCUCUACCACCUCAUUCAACACACAAACUCCAGCCGGUGGACAAAACCUUCAAGGGGGCCUUUAAGAUCUACUAUAGUGAGGAAAUUAGAAAUUGGCUACAUCAGAAUCAUCGUACCCUUAGUCAAUUUGAUCUUGCAGAGCUUUUGGGUAAAGCUUUUUUAAAAUCACAGUCUGCUGAGAUUGCAGUAAACGGGUUUAAAGCAACCGAAAUUACUGAAAAAGAGAAAUUGAUGAUGAAUCUGACACUGAAGGGCAAGCCUUUGUACCGCAUGAUGAAUACAUGGAUGUUGAUGAAAUAGGACAGUCUGUAUGUGAUGAUAAAGAAGCCGUUUGCCUAUCUUGUGAUGAGCGUUUUUCUGAAAACCAGAUAGGAGAGCUUUGGGUUCGUUGCAUUAUGUGCAACCUGUGGGCACAUGAACAAUGUUCAGGGGCUGAAAAAGACGAUUACGUAUGUGACUUUUGUCGUUAAAUUUACUUAGACUUAAGUUUGAGUUCUUGUUUGUUUUUAAUAAGAACGAAAUGUUAGUUUUUGUUAACACGCUGAAAAAAACAGUUUCUUAGUUUUUAUUUGUUCGACUUUGUUCGUUAAAUAAUAUGUAACUUAUGUAGAC